UUCCGGUAAAGUCGUUUACUUUUAGCAUUGUUAGCAGUCUCGUGUUUUUGUUUGUGGAAACCUACAUUGACGACUAUAAUCAAUGUACUGAAAUGGACAUACUUAAAGCUGAGAUAGCAAGGAAGAGGAAACACCUCGAAGACAAACAGCUUGUAGAUGACACCAAAAAAUUCUUCAAACGGUCUGAUCUUGCACGGAAGGAGCAAGAUGACUACUUCAGAAGAUGUGGAUAUAAGGUUCAGAGAGAGACUCCUGAGAGCCAGAUUGAUACGACUGAGGAAGAUGAGCCGUCUACUUCAAGUAAUCCAGUGUUGGAAUUAGAAUUAACAGAGGAGAAACUUCCCAUGACACUGUCACGACAGGAGGUAAUUCGACGUCUCCGAGAGCGAGGGGAACCAAUCCGCCUGUUUGGAGAGUCUGACUACGAUGCCUUCCAGAGACUCAGGAAGAUUGAGAUCCUAACCCCUGAAGUAAACAAGGGCUUGAGGAAUGACCUGAAGGCAGCCAUGGACAAGAUCGACCAGCAGUACCUGAAUGAAAUUGUUGGUGGAACAGAGUCGGGAGAGCUGGACACACAACAUGAUCUUAAAGUGCAUGAAGAAAAUACCACCAUAGAAGAACUAGAGGCUCUUGGCAAAACCCUGGGCACAGGAGAUGAUGAUGGAGACCAGGAUGUUAUUGACAAAUUUUUGAGGUUUCUUCUUGGUGUUUGGGCCAAAGACCUGAACAGCCGCGAGGACCAUGUGAAACGCAGUGUCCAGGGCAAACUGGCGAGUGCAACCCAUUCACAGACGGAGUCUUACCUCAAACCUCUCUUCAGGAAGCUUAGGAAGAAGAGUUUACCAGCGGACAUCAAAGAGUCCAUCACAGAUAUUAUUAAGUUCAUGUUGGAGAGAGAAUAUGUCAAAGCCAAUGAUGCAUACCUACAGAUGGCCAUAGGAAAUGCUCCGUGGCCAAUUGGUGUGACCAUGGUGGGUAUCCACGCUCGUACAGGACGAGAGAAGAUUUUCUCAAAACAUGUGGCCCAUGUACUCAACGAUGAGACGCAGAGGAAGUACAUCCAGGGACUAAAGAGGCUAAUGACUAUCUGCCAGAAACAUUUUCCAACUGAUCCAUCAAAGUGUGUGGAGUACAAUGCUCUUUAACUUGUAACUUUGACUUAAAUUAUGCAGCGGCAGCAUGGAAAAUCCUAAAGGGAAAUACUGUCAGCUGCUCAAUUAUAGAUCCUACGCUUACUAAAAUCUCAAAGCACUGAGGCCUUCAGAGUACAGGUGGAUUCCUCAGGGGCAGGAUUUGAGGAAUGUAUCUAGUGAAUGAGACUUCUGGUAAACAGCUGAUACUCUGUUUUAUACUCAUUUAUAAACAAUAACAUUCAUUUGCAGUGCUUCAUGGACAUUUCAGAAAUUAAUGAAGAUAUCCUUUUGUGACAGAUAUUACGAUUGAGCUUUUCAAAUGUGUUUUUUAUCUUCAUGGGGUAAGCAAAGUUUCAUUUGUCAAGCAAGGCCAGAUGUGUAAGUUUUAUUACACCAGAUGUGUUGUGUUGCUGUAGAUUCAGUUCUGUGUUGGAGUCAAGUUUAAUUCAAAUCAUUGUGUCCAUCUUUGAAAUAAAAUAGUGUUGCAUAUUGCACGCACUGUUAGUUUUUAUGC